AUGGCAGGCUAUGGUGGAGCUGCAGACGGAACAGCAUAUAACCCUCAAAGUCAAAUGAAUUUGAGUUUACUCAAAAAUCAAAUAUCAGAUGUCAAAAAGUCAAACAUAGACAUACAGAAGCAAAUAGGUGAAAACGAAAAGAAACUAGAAUAUGACAGACACACAAAGAAACUCAAUGAGUUAAACGUAGAGAAAAAGAAGAAAGAAGAACAACUGAAAGAACUAAGUACAGAGGAAUAUGCGAAAAAAGUGUCAGAAAAAGCAACAGAAGUAGCAAAAAUGGAACAAGAUGUCAUAAAUUUGAAAAACCAUACUACUCGAUAUAAAGUACUGAAAGAUGAAGAGAUAAAACAAAAAGCCCUGAAGACAUAUAUGGAUAGCGAUGAGUAUAAAAAAGAAGUUGAAGCAAAUGUAAAGGCAGAAAAACUUUUACAGUUGCAAAACCAAACCGUACAGUAUGAAAACUUAGCACAAGAAAGUAAAAAUAACGACGCAGCCAUGCAAAAGGCAAUGAAAAGCGCAGAAUAUAUAAAAGCUAACAAUGACUGGUUAGAUGCCCAAGCCAACGCUAAAGCAGCCCAACUUAUAGGGUCAAUAAGGACAAAAAUACAAGCGGAUGAAGACAGUUCAAAUGAAGCUUUAAUGAAUGCUGACUUUAAGAACGCCUUCGAAGCUCUUCAUAGUAAGGUGAAACUAGUGAACGACUUCUCAUCUGGAAAGAAACUGAAGUCUGAAGGUUUCGACAACGAGUUAAGAGAAGUAGCACAAAAUAUGACGAAAAUAACAGAUGCAGCAACGAGACAGGCAGUUCAAAGUGCCUAUGACGCCGUUAGAGCAACUGUUGUGGAAAGUCAAGAAAAAGAGUUACAACAGACCAAAACAGACCUAGUAAAUGCUUUCUUAAAAACGAAAAGUCAGGUAGGACAUUAUGCUGCAGAUGGAACAUAUGUGCCA